AUGCUGACUUCAAAAUCGGCCAAGCUAUUAUACAAAUCGCAAGUGCUGUCUCAAUUGGCCAGGAGAUCUUUUGCCAUUACGAUUCCUAAUAAGAAACUUCACUUCAUAGACCAUCCCGUACACGGGAUGGUCUAUCCUGUAGUUUGUUACCACAAGGACUCGAUAAAGCCAAGGAGGAAGAUCUUUACACUGGCUUCUCUCAGUACGGCGAAUAUGCUGGUAGCAUACUCUCUGUUCGUAGACCCACUGCUGCAGUAUACAGCUGCAGCUGCUCUGUGCCAGCCACAGUUCUUUAUACCAGCAAUAUUGAUGAACAUGAUCUACAUGGGUGAGUACAAGAACAUGAUCCAUGCGAAGAGAGACAUGUGUAUCAACAUGUGGCUCACGCCACAAGGUAAACAUGUCUUAGUGGAUACGUUCAGUGGGAAGACCAGGAAGAUUGAUAUCAAAAAUUUCUAUAAAUUUGAGCAUAAGAAAACAAGGUUUAGACUUGGAAAUAGAAUCGACAUGUACCAUGGUGCUAAUAAUUACCUUUUCUUAGCAGGAAACCCACAUACAAUUGAUCAUGAGAUCCUUGACUCAGUGAUGAAUAAGGACUAUAUCGACACUAAGAAUGUUACCUUUGAUAUUGACACUAACAAGAGCUUUACCUGGGAAAUUGACAAAUUAAUGCGAUCUGAUAUUAGGAGAUACCACAAACGGAUCACUUACAAAUAUCUCAACCCUCUCACUGAGGAAGAGAAGAAGAAUAAUGAAAAGAAAUUGAAAGCGAUUUAUAGAUUGAGGAAGAACUUGAAGAAUUUCACUCCAUCCAGAGGUCUCAAUCACAAUUUUUAUAGAACAAUGAAAGCGUAUACCACAACCAAGAAAUGGGCUGAUUUCAACAUCACUAAAUUACAAGGCUCGAUGAUCGAUUUCACAACGAAAAAGGAAGGAAUCGAGACUUUUAAGGAGUAUCCUGCACAUCCUGAUGAACAGAAGGAGAUCGACCGCAAGGUUGCAUUAGAGCAGGCCUUCCUUCAAAAGAGGAAGACUCUUCUCAGGAGACCCAGAGAAAUAGUUAAUGCUUAA